UUUGUGUGUGUGUGAAUCUCCCACUCUCUCAUCCGUCACUGAGUGGACCUUCGGCCGACUGUGAGGACCUAAAGCGCUGGUCCUCGGGCUUACAGCAGGUGUCAGGGCUUUGGGAACACAAGGACUGCUUGUUGAGCAGUGUUCAUCUCAGGGAGACCCUCCCCCCCAGCUGUGUUGGGCAUCAGUCCGACCCUCUUUCCGUCAAGCUUUGGUGGGCAUCAGUCGGACCCUCGGACCCUCAGCAGCAGGAUGGCUGCCCUCAGGGUUUGGUUGCUGCUGUCCGUUCUGUACGUGACUCGCUCGCACGCCUGGUUCUGGAAUGAAGACCCCGUAACCACGGAAACCCCAUCAGAGACCACUACCGCGCCUGGAAACCGUAAGUCUGACGGUUGGGCGGGUUUGGGGCACGAGGGCUCUGGGUCGGGGUUCGGGCUGGACUCUGGGUCCGGGUCGGGCCUGGAGCCGGCUGUCAUCCUCUCCACUACCAAUGGUCUGAAUUCAUCAGAGCCUAGCAAUGGAACACAUAGCAACACGACACAUAGCCUAGCCGCAUCAAGCAAUACAACAGCUCGCAAUAUAACACACAGUAUUAGUACAGCUAGCGUAGCCACAGCUAGCGCAGCCAAACCUAGCAAAACGUCGCCUAGCAAUAGGACACAUAGCAUAACGAAACCUAGCGUAGCAUCAAGAAUUGAAGGCAGCGCGGCAACGCCCAAAUACGUGUCUGCGACGACCGGGGACGUCACUAGCGACAUCCGAAAGCUAACCUCAGCUGCUAGCCCCAACGCCACCCCCGCCCCCGUGGUGCGCUGCCUCCCGGUGCCAUCGCAGUGGCAGGUCUGCCGACGCCAGAAGCACUUCUCGCUGCCAAACUUCUUCAACCACACCUCUGUGGAGGAAGUGGAGGCGUUCUUGAAGCGGUGGGAGUGGCUGGUUAAGGACGACUGCUUCCGGGGCUCCGAGUGGUUCCUUUGUCCCCUGGCGGCGCCCGAGUGCCGGAGCGACCUCGCCGCCGCCGCCGCCGCUAACAAAAUAACCCCCGCCCCGGCCGCGCGGCGCCACCUCCCCUGCUGCAGUUCCUGCCACCGCCUGCGGGACAACUGCUGGUCUAAGCUGGAGGACGGGCUUUUCCCUGUGGAUUGCGAGCUCCUGCCAGAAGGGGGCGGCUGCCCGCUAUGCGUGUCGGUUCAUAAGCAGAAAGAUGGGGACGAGGUGUCCCUGGUGCAGCUGAUCGGGGAUCUGGUCCCGGACCAGAUCACCCAGGUGCUGGGCCCCGGCGGCGUUCCCGCCUACGUGUUCAGCGGGGAGUCAGGCUCGGCCGUAACCGGGCAGCCCGCCCUGGCCCACCUGCCCAACCCCUUUUACCGCCACUUCUCCCUGCUCUUCCACAUUUCGCCCGCCGACAACACCGCCGGCGUGCUCUUCGCCGUCGCUGACGGCGACCAGAAGUUCAUGUACGUGGGCGUGAAGCUGAGCGCGGCCGACCCACGCUCGGGCCGGCAGACAGUGCGCUUCUUCUACACGGAGCCCGACUCGGAGGCGUCCAACGAGGCAGCAGCCUUCAGCAUACCUGCCCUGGCUGGGGGGUGGAGCCGCUUCUCGCUCGCCGUGUACGAGGACCAGGUGACCUUCUACGAUGGCUGCGACGCCACGCCGCAGACGGUGCGCUUCGAGAGGUCCCCCGACGACAUGGACCUGGACCCCGGCGCGGGGGUUUUCGUGGGGUACGCCGGGGAGGCCGACCCUGACCGCUUCAAGGGCUCCAUGGUCCAGCUGAAGGUGGUGGGUAACCCCCAGGCAGCAGAGAGACUCUGUGAUGAUGAAGACGACUAUGAUGUGGCCUCUGGUAACUAUGGCAGUGGAGAUGGCGAGAGGACAGAGUCGGGACGCACUAUUAAGACCACUCCCGCGACGGUGCGGCCGGUUCCGGAACCGCCUCUGACCUCAUCAAAAAGCGCCGCUCACACCGAGACAAGCGAUCGCAACCACCAGACCUCAGUCCAACAUGGGCCUGGGACCCCUGGCUUCCCAGGCCCAGCAGGGGAUAAAGGGCAAAAGGGAAGCCAGGGAGACAAAGGUACCACCGGGGACCGGGGCCCCACGGGGCCCAAGGGAGACUCUGGCCCAGGCUCCUCGCAGGGCUCCAGCUCCGAGGCCGGGGGCCGAGGAGAUAAGGGGGACAAAGGCUCAAAGGGAAGUUCCGGAAUCGGUUACCCCGGUAACAAGGGUGAUCGCGGCCCUGCCGGGCCCGCAGGCCCCGCCGGCCCCCCGGGGCCCGCUGCCCAGGUGGUGCGGCUGGGAGACGGAUCGGUGGUCCAACAGGUGGCCGGACCCCCAGGACCGAGGGGGCCCCUGGGGUUGCAGGGCCCCACGGGACCCAAGGGGUCCGAUGGAGAGCCUGGUGAUCCAGGAGAGGACGGGAAAGUUGGACCUGCUGGGCCCCGCGGUCUUCAGGGGACGUCUGGAACCCAGGGGACCAGAGGAGAGAAGGGGGACCGUGGAGAGGCUAACCCAGGACCGAGGGGCCCCCCUGGGCCGCCCGGACCCCCGGGACCCGGGUCUGCGGACCACCCGACGUACGUUGACAUGGAAGGUUCCGGGUACCCCGACGUGGAGAAAAUGCGGGGUCUACGUGGUUUACCCGGACCACCGGGGCCUCCUGGACCACCUGGGAUAUCGGUGGAGAUGGGGGUCAACGGGCCGGUAGCGUUCGGACCCCCAGGACCCCCAGGCAGCGACGGAGCUCCAGGUGUACCUGGGCCCCCUGGUCCCCCAGGACCCUCGGGCCGGAAUGGAGCCCCAGGACGUCAGGGAGACAGCGGGGAGCUCGGACUCCCAGGGGGCUCUGGGCAGAAACAGGAGUCGGUUGGCUCCAGCUUGUUUACCGGGCUUCUGUCUUACUUUACGCCUUCCUUGAGGUCUAGCGACGUGCAGGGCACCCAGGGUAACCCGGGACUGGAGGGCCAACCUGGAGAGGGGGGGCUGGCUGGACUGCCUGGGCCGAUGGGACCUGUUGGACCGGCCGGACCACCCGGUCCUGCGGGUUCCCCCUGCAGUCUUGGCCGGGGUGGUCAGGGAGGGGAUUCUUUCACCUGUUCGCCAGGACAGCAGGGUCCACCCGGACCUCAGGGUCCUGCUGGUAUCGGUGGUCUGCCUGGGAGGGCUGGGUUCCCAGGUAUACCUGGAGAUAAAGGUGCUGAGGGGUCCAGAGGUCGUGAUGGGAUUCCUGGCCUCGACGGUCCACCAGGCAGACUGGGCGAUAAGGGAGAGAGUGGAGAAAGAGGAGAAAGGGGUCUCCCAGGGAGAGAGGGAGGGCCCCCUGGACCCCCCGGCACCCCCGGGGCCCCGGGACAGAUCCUCUACCAGCCGUCAAGUGACUAUAACGACAUAUUUUGGAACGAAGAUGAUGAGGGAGGAGCUAGUUACCCAGGGCGACCAGGAUUCCCGGGGCCGAUCGGACCCAAGGGAGACCCCGGACAGCCAGGGAUCCCAGGAGAGGCGGCUAAGGGAAACAAGGGAGAGCCAGGAAUCAUCAGAGAUCGGGACGGGAACGCCAUCUACCUGGGAGGGCUGUCUGGAGCCCCGGGGGUUCCGGGACACCCUGGCCCUGUGGGACCACCAGGUUCGUAUGGUCCUUCUGGUCCAAAGGGGGACAUCGGGUUUCCUGGCAGACCGGGUCGACCAGGACUCAAUGGAGCCAAAGGACCGAAGGGCGACUCUGCGUCUAGUGCUGGCUCAGGAUACCCGGGCCCCCCAGGGCCACCGGGGCCCCCUGGUCAACCGGGAGGCAGCGGCUCCCCGGCCAGAUUCAGUGGUUAUGACGACUCCUCAAGAUAUCAUUACGCUGCAAAGGGAGACAAGGGUGAUAGUGGGAUCCCUGGAAUCCCUGGGGUGCCAGGUUUAACCUCCGACUUUGACAUCUACACCUUCAAGAACGAGAUGAAGGGUGAGCGCGGCAGCGAGGGAGUGAAGGGGGUGAAGGGCGAGCCCGGCGGAAGGCACUUCGACCCGCGUUACGGCACCGCUGGAGGGGCCCCGGGACCACCGGGUGAAUCUGUAGUGGGGCCACCGGGGCCCCAGGGCCCGCCCGGUGCCCCGGGAAGAGGUUACGAAGGGCGACCAGGGACCCCAGGGCCCCCAGGAGCCCCUGGACCCCCUGGUGCAUCCCUCCCUGGAGCGUACAGGGGGUCUCAGACGAUCAGUAUUCCAGGACCCCCGGGGCCCCCCGGAACGCCCGGAACACCCGGUCUCUCCUCAGGGGUGAUGGUGCUGCGCUCCUUCGACACCAUGCGGUCCACGGCCAGGCGGCAGGCGGAGGGCACCCUGGUCUACCUGCUGGACCAGACAGACCUCUACCUGAGGGUCCAUGACGGGGUCCGACAAGUCCAGCUUGGGGGUUACAUCGCUCUGCCCAACAACGACGGCAACGAGGUGGCUGCGGUGGAGCCUCCACCAGUGGUCCACUACAAUCCAGACCACCGUCACGGGGGCACUGGGACGACCGACGACCAGCAGAGACCCCCGGAGACUCAGCCCGAGUCCCGCUACCCCAGCCAACCGGAGCAGCAUCCCGACCACCAAAACCCCCAUCACCCGGACCACCAAAACCCCCAUCAACCGGACCACAGGCAGCACCUGCAGCCGGAGCCUGAGUAUCCCCCUCAACCAGACCACCGCCACCCCCCUAAACCGGACUACCACCGCCCCCACCACCCCGAUUACAGGCAUCCAUCGCAACCUGACCCCAAUCACCCUGAUCACAGGCACCCAUCACAACCUGACCCCCAUCACCCUGAUCACAGGCACCCAUCUCAACCCGAGGGCCACCACCCCGAUAACAGGCACCCAUCUCAGCCUGAGGGCCACCACCCCGAUCACAGACACCCAUCUCAACCCGAGGGCCACCAACCCGAUCACAGGCACCCAUCUCAACCCGAGGGCCACCACCCCGAUUCCAGGCAGCCAUCAAAACCUGACCCCCAUCACACUGAUCACAGGCACCCAUCUCUACCCGAGGGCUACCACCCCGAUCACAAGCACCCAUCUCAACCCGAGGGCCACCACCCCGAUAACAGGCACCCAUCUCUACCCGAGGGCAACCACCCCGAUCACAGGCACCCAUCUCAGCCUGAGGGCCACCACCCCGAUCACAGGCACCCAUCACAACCAGAGGGCCACCACCCGUCCCACCCAGACCCUCGCUACCCAUCUCAGCCGGACCCGCGGUACCCGGCCCCCACAGACCCGCGCUACCCAAGCUUCUCCGACCGGCUCAAUGCGCCUGACAGUCGGGUUGCUCUCCACCCUGCUCAGGAGCGCCCUGUGUACCCGGACGGGCGGUCCCCAGACGGGCGGUCCCCAGACGGGCGGUCCCCAGAUGGGCGGUCCCCGGACGGGCGGUUCCUGGUCACCCCGCAGAGAAGGCCCAGCUCCCUGGAACCCUUUGUUCCCAAACACCACCACACCUCCGGUCCCGGGCUUCACCUGAUCGCCCUGAACAGCCCUCAGACGGGCGCCAUGCGCGGCAUCCGCGGGGCCGACUACCAGUGCUUCACCCAGGCCCGGGCCAUUGGCAUGAAGGGCACCUUUAGGGCCUUCCUCUCCUCCAAGCUCCAGGACCUGAACAGCAUCGUCCGCAGGACCGACCGGGGCCGCCUGCCCAUCGUCAACCUCAAGGAUGAGGUUCUGUUCGACAGCUGGGACGCGAUCUUCAACAAGGGCAAGAUGAAAGACGCGACAAUAUACUCCUUCGAUGGCAUGGACAUCUUGACCAACGCAGCCUGGCCGGAGAAGAUGCUGUGGCAUGGCUCCACCAGUGGGGGGCAGCGGAAGGUGGAGAGCUACUGCGAGACGUGGCGGUUGGGUGACGAGGGCCCGAGGGGCGAGGCCUCCCCGCUGGGCCGAGGGGAGGGGAUCCUCAGGGAGGAACCCCGCAGCUGCUCCAGCUCCUACGUGGUGCUGUGUGUGGAGAACAGCUAUGUUGGCCAGGCCCGCAGAUAGGCCACACACACACACAUCGAUACCAAACACUCAGACAGUAUUACACACGGUCAUGACACACAUGCAAUCACACACACACGUGCACAAUGCAUGUGGACAUAUAAAAUAGGCAUAUACACAGACAUUAAUAAAACCAAGCACACACAUGGAUGUAGGAUAGGUACACUAUUACACAGUCAUUCCAUCGUUCACAUGCAAUCAUGCCUACCCAGAUAUAUAAACAAUGCAUACACACAAACCAUACAAAGUCAUAAUCCCUAAAAGUACACGACACACACAAAUACACACAUGCCAUCAAACAUAUGCAAGCAUACACACACAAAUAUACACUGUACAGAAACAUACACCAUGACUACAGUUCUAAUUCAAACAUACAAACACACGACACGAAAGCCAUGUACAGAUACAAGAAUGCCCAUGCAACAUACACCCUCUCAAACAAAAUGCUCCAACACUUAGAAGACACACAAUACACGUUUCAAAAUCAUCUUAAAAAGAUUCCGAAGUUUCACACCAAGCAGAAAGACACGACUUUCUUUCCGCAAUAAGUGUGUAUGUUUUGUACAUAAUUAGGUUGUUUUUGUUUUGCUCUCUGUUAUGGCGCUAUCCAUUGAGAAUAACCAGGAGUGUGAAUUCACCUUUUCAUUUGUGUUUAGUUUUCAUAAAAAAUGUGUCUAUAACUCCUAAAAAACCUAUUGACAUGAGCAACUUUGGCCCACUUCAAGGGAGGUCUGCCUGACCGCUGUGUCCAGAUGGUCUGACAAUAAGCCUGACCCACAGAACAACAGUUGUUGCUAGCUUGGCUUACUGCAGCUGAGUAAACAAUAAAAGUCUGGGCAACACACAUAUAAUCAGGUCAAAUGAUCUUCUUAUGGGCCUUAUUCACCAACGGCCCAGGAUGCAUACAAAGGAAAAGGGAGGAUUUCUUGACAAGCAGACCAAAGAUGCUCUAUAUUUUUCAAUAUUUUUACUUUUAGAUUAUCGCAAUGAUUUUUGUAUCAACUUUAAAAAUCAUUUAUUUGAUGGUUGCUUUUUUUAUACACUGUAAUCUGUUGUAACCAAUGGCACUUGAGGGAGUACAUUUUGCUAUGGUCUUUAAAGAUAUUUUUCAAUGUCUUCAGUAAAAAAGGGAUAUUUAUUUUUGAUUAACCCCUGUUUGUAUGCAAUAUCAAUCCACUAAUGUUUUCAACAUGAUCCCAAGUACAGCUUAAAAGGAUAACUAUUAUCAGACCCUAUUUUCCUAUUCUUCUGGGUCUAAGUGACUAAUGCAGAUAAAAUUUUCGAAACUGGUCCACUAUUGAUCUGGGUAUGUUUCUUAUUGUGUCUAGCCAAGUCUCCAUCAAAGAGAUAUGUCUCGCUCUGAAACUCGCUGUUGCAGAAAAUGUACAACCUCGACCAAAAUCUUUUGAUAACACUAAGCUACUGGUUCUGUUUCCAACAAAACCAACUCUUCCUGAAACAACCCAACUCUCAGACUGAGACUUCUCCUUGAGAGAGACUUGAACAAAGACAGACCUACGAACAAGCAAAAGAAAAGAAAGAUGCUCUGUAUGAAUCUUUUCCCAGACACUUUACAAUGACAAUCUGAGCCUAUCAAGAGGAAAUAAAAAACACUUGUUAGUCGGCAGGGGCUAUUGCCUCUAAGGGUUACAUCAUGGUCACCUAGGGGCUGGAAUGGCUAAAGCGCUCUAGCUCUAGGCUGGGCCAAUUGAAAAACGAGGGACAAAGUCAUCCUUUCACAGGAGCCCACUCAGGGCAGAUUUUAGCAGGGAUAUCAUCUGAUGCUUCAUCAGCAGUGCCAAACAGAAUAAGCUGAUAUCAAUUAAGUGACUAACGUUAACCUUGUUUGUCUGCACACUGUACAAGUUGCCUUGAUUGUUUGUUUCUUUUUUAAUUGCUGUUGGAAAAAUAAAAUUUUAGUGGCAAGGUUGCUGCGGGCAUGAGCAAAACGAGAA